AUGUCUCCCAGAUCAACCGACAAACCAUUCCAAUGUCCUGCGUGCUCAAGUCGAUUCACCCGACAGGAGAACUUGAAUCGUCAUACGGCAUCAGCCCAACAGAUUCUCAAUCUAAGUUUUGUCAAUGACUCAGUCAACACCGAUUUCACAAGCGUUCGCGUCACGAGGCAUUUCAUGGUUAUUCAAACUUCCUCAAUUUGUAUCAGCUUACUUCGAUCGUUUUCAGCCCACGAGCCAUUGAUACAAGCAAUUGUUUGCCUUGGGGCCAUUUACCAAGCUCAAGGUUCAGACCAGGAGAUAAGCGCUACAUUAUUCUUUUCGGGCUUGAAGUCUCUGGACGUAUACGUGCGCGAGAGUCGGCGGAUAAGGUUCAGAGAGUUGUGGGUCAUGCAAGCCUACCUGCUCUUCGAAUACUACGCAUUCUACAGCUGCGACGAUGGCCGGUUCUCAACGGCUCUCAAGAUCCACAGGAAGCUUGUUGAUGCUGUCCGACAGUACCAGAUGCUUCAAGAUAGAGUAGCUCUUGGCGUGGACGAAGUGUCCAGCCCGAACGAACCUGCGAUAGCUUCUUCAAUGAACGUGACCGAGCACGCCUGGCGAGUUGCCAUGUACAACGAGUCAAGAAAGCGGAUUGUGUACUGUCUAUACUACCUUGACGCUCAACUCUCAGUCUGUUGUAACAUACGUCCGCUGCUCGCAGCUCUCGAAUUGAAAUACGAACUUCCGUGUCAAGACGACACAUGGCAAGCUGCCACAGCCGAAACCUGGCAAGCCCUCAUAUUUUCUCAAGAAGGGUCAUUCAACGAAGAAGAUGACUAUGAAGCCAAUGGCGACCCACGCCCGGCGCACGGCGAUCUGUACGCAAGUCUCAUGUACUUGAUGAAUCCUAACCCGCCGGACCGGCCUCUGCGAUUACUCUGGCACUCGUCUUUCGCGUGUCUGAUGCUCAUAACGCAAAUAUUGAUGAUGACCCGUGACCUCACCUUGGCAAGCUCGUUUUUGUACAACAACGUGCGUUGUGGCGAGUCAAAGAACAACUUGUCAAUCAUCUCAGAAGCUAGUCGGACCUCAAUCAUGCAAGCUCUGAAUGCCUUGUCGGACAUCAUGCGCAAGCCAUCUUUUCCUGGAACAUAUCCCCUUGGCAGCCCUUUAGAUGAUUCUGAGACUGUGGAGUCUAGCCUAUGGAGCAAUGUCUGGAUCGUGUGGCAUUAUGCUGCUAUGAACCUAACCCAUCAAGAGGCAUUACUCACAAGCGGCAUCGUCGAGUACAGUCUUCCAUCUGCUGUUUCAACUUGCUGGGAACUUGGUAAACCUCGGGUGAAGCAGCAUCGAGAUGUGUACGAAGACAGAGAUGUCAUUCGUGUAGCUAGUAGCCUGGAGAGCAUUCUUGUGCUUCUUUCUCACGACACUAGACCCAUUAGUGUCGACUUUCAGUUGCAAUCUGAAAUCAACCCCAAAAUAAUCGAAGAUCCAUUCAUCACAAUGAUCGGAUACAAGGCCUGUCUGCUGGGCUGGCGCAUAGUACGUCUGAUGGCUGUUAGCCUGCAGACCAGCUCGGUCUCGUUCAACAUCCAAACACAAAGCAUCUACUCCAUGUCUGCUCGUGUUGUUCUUACUGGUAUACUAGCUGCCAUAAGUCUAGAGCCCGCAAAUCAGAGAGGCCAGUGGGACUCAACAGCGGCGGUAGAUGAUGCUGAGUCUCGAUACCUAGCAUGGAUGGAGGCAACUUUUUUGGCCAGGGAUGUGUGGCCACCGAGCAAAUGGAUCGUCGCUGUAUUUAACGAAAGCAGACAUGAGCCUGAGUAA